AUGAGAGAUUCUGGUGUGUGGCCUAUGCCAAAUUUUCACUUAUUACCUAAAGAAUAUCAUAUAUAUUAUGUAGAUUAUUUUGAUAGUGAUGGAAACUUUAGAUUUGAUAGGAUACAAAAUGAAUAUUUUGGAAAUUUAAUAGAAAUACCAGAAUCAUUCAUUUCAAAUAAAGAUACAUUUUCAUUAAAUGAAGGUAUUGGUGAGAUAAGAAAUAUAGAUGAAUUUAAAAAUACAGCAAAUGAUUUUCUUUUAAAUGAUAAUAUGUCAUCGGAUGUAAAAAUAGAAGGAAACAUAUUUACUCAAACUACUGAUGUUCAAGUACAGGCAGCUAUUGCAAUAAAUAAAAAUCUUCCCAAAUUUUGUGAACAAAUAAAGGAUGACUCAAUUAAUUUACUGAAAAUAUCACGUCCACAUGCUAUAAAAAAAUUAUCCAAAAGACAACUACAAAACAUUAAAAAACAUAUAGUUAAAAAGAGAAAACUUUGUAAUGAGACUUGUAAAAAAUGGAAUGAAAUGACAUUAGAUGAACAAGAAGCAUAUUUGGAGGAACAUGCAUUUUCAAUACAUUCUUCUAUUUCAUCAAGGGCAUCAUCUGCAUCCUCUUCAACAAGAACAGGGUUAUCUUCACAAUCUUCUACAAGUAGUAGAAAUAUUUCAUUACCUCAAUCACCUAGAAUGGCAUCACCUGUAGAGUGCCGUCAAGAUACUACUUCAACAAUUUUAAAUUCAACAAAGAAAGAUGACAAUAUGAUGCCAGUAUUCGAUGAUCCGGUGUUAAAUAAUUUAUUAAAUGAUAGUCUUGCUGCAGCAAUCACAGAAAGUAAAGAAAUUGUUAAUAAGUCCAAAAAUGAAAAUAAUAAAAUUUCUAACGAUAAUAGUAAUAGAUUGAAUUUACCUACAAAUGAACCAACGUUUGGAGAAACCAUUUAUAUGUCUAAUAUAAAUGAUGAUAUAAGGCCGGACUUAGCUUUAUUUCAAAACCAAGAUACAACUCCAAAUAAUGAUCUCUUUUCAUUAGAUAAUAAUAAAUUAAGAAUCAAAUUUCUUUUGUUAACUUGUUACAAAAUGACACAAGAACGCUAUACUUCAGUACCAGUACCUAUUCAUAGAUCAGCUUCUCAUACACCAUCAAUGUUGGUGAAUGCCAAAAAGUAUCUAUCUGAUAGACCACAACUUCUUGAUUGCCCAAGGUGUCGUUGUCAUGGAGAGACAGAAUUAACUUUCAAGAUUGGCUUAUUUACAUGGGUUUGUUUUUUUAUAAUCCUUAUAGCUGGAGUACUUAUUUUACCUUUAUUCUUUGUCUGGGUACCAUUCUCAAUAGAAACUUUUAAGGAUGUUGAACAUCAUUGUGCUUCCUGUAAAGCUUACAUUGGAACAUAUAGAAGAUUGGGAAAAAGUACAUAA